GUCAGACUGAGCCUCUCUCACUUGACCAGGCAGCAAACCCAUUGCUACGCACCCACGCGCUCCAAGCACGAUUGUCGUAUCAAUCGCCCAACUUCUCACAAAGGUUGGAACCUCCGAGGCCGCCGCAACCGCAGAGUGCUCCAGGCUCCACGAACACGACUCUGAGCGACCAUGUCUCCGCAAAUUCCAAAUCCGAACUUCACAAACCUCCCGACAGAUCUCAAGACGCUGGUCGUCGACCACAUCAACCGUCCCACUGAUCUCAAGAGCCUGUGUCUCACGUCCAGGCAACUCCGCGAAAUCACGGUCCACCGACUCUACCGCGAUGUCACCAUCGAUGUCGGCUCGAGCAAGGACACACGCCUUGGGGCGUUCCUCAACCCCAAGAACAUCGGUCUGCCACACAUUCGCAAGCUCGACCUGUACCUGACGGAUGUGAUCGAUAAAUGCAACCAGAUACACCAGGCCAACUUUGCUGUGCGCAUGAUACUGGAGCUGUUGCCGGAGAACAUACUCGAGAAGUUUUCAUGGCAUCCGUGGUCGCCCUUCUCAGGUGACAACCUGGUGUUGCUGUACAAGAAGCAGAAGCGCCUGAAGUGGGCGGAGAGCAUCGCUCUAGACAGGAACGUACUGGACGAGCUGCAGAAGAUUCCAGAUUUCAAGGAACAAUUCGCCAAUGUUCGUAAGAUCGGUCUAUAUCCAGACUCUCGAGAGGUCCUCGACUACUGCCAUUUCAUCUUGAAGCACACAUCGAAUCUGGAUAAGAUCACAUUACAUGCGAGUUUCGACGAUAGCGAUGUGCCGAUACCAGAGAGGGAACUGAACGACUCGUCGACGGGGCCUGGUCUGAUCACUUCUAUGAUGUUCAGCCACAUGCAGCCUUUCGCGAAGUGCACACCUCUUGCGCUAAAGGAGAUCACGUUGCAAAAGCUUGGUCUGCGAUAUGCAGCAGAAACGUACUGCAAGAUCAUCGACUUCCGCACCGUCAAGAGCAUCCGUGUCUUCAGCUGCACUGGUACCGAUGCUUUGUUUGCAGAGCUGAGCAAGAGCACGAAACUCCCUCAGAAGCUUGAGACUCUGGAGAUUAAGUUCACAGAUAACGCCGAGAAUGAUGGGUUGGGCGCGCUGGAUGGCUUCUUGUGCCUCGUCUCCGGCAUCAAAGUUCUCACGCUAGACUAUUCAAGUGUGAACAGCUUGCCUGAAUCUGCCGGUGUUGUACGCCAUGGCAAGACGCUCAAGCAGUUGAGCGUACAUGCUUCGAGGGCGCCCGACGAGUGUGAUGACGAGCUGGUGUAUGACUAUGCCUCGUUUUCGCAGAUCUGUAAAGACUGCACAUUGCUUGAACAACUCUCGAUGGCGUUCCCGAAUGUAAGCGUUGUUCGGCCCAAGAACGACAGCUUUGUCAACUUCGAGAACUGCCUCGGCGACCUCCCCAACCUCGUAACCCUCAAUGUCACCACAUGGCCAACAACACGUCCAUCGUCCAGCAAACUACCCCGCAAGAUAUACGAACACCUCCUCGCCGGUCUCGCGCAACAAGGCUUCGAAACCAGCACUAAGCACGCCAAACUCCAGGGCAGAAACUCGAAGCUGGCAAUCAUUGCUUUCGGCGCCUCAGAUCGUGUGUACGACCGCGAAGAUAGCGAGAACCAGAUCAUCUUCGUCAAGGGGCGGCAGAUAGAUCCACUAGGUAAUGAGAAGAGCACAGCGGUGCAGAUUGGGUGGUGUCUGAGGAAGUUUGUGGAUGCGGGCGUGAAGAGUGAUGUCCUUGACUUCUCGUUGAGCCAUUCGAGGAGGCCACCGACAGAGGAUCCGCCUAGUAGCGAUGAUUCGGAUUAGAGAUCGAGGAUACGGCGUGGGCACCUCGUGCGAAUAGCAAGGGGCAUGCUGAAAUGGGUUCCCUGGAGGAAACCGAGGGGGAAUGGUUGAAUUUAGCGAUGCAGUGAUCGUGCCACAGUCUAGCAUAAUGCCCACGAAGCAAUGCGCUGGUACCUGUAGCCCAUAGCUGUUCGAAUCUCGGGUCCUGGUUCGCCGUAGACGGCGUCCUAAGAAAGCAUGCACUCGUCACCUUGGAGCUGGACGACCCUGCAGCUGAGGAAAGUUCACUGAAAGGCGUUCCACAUUGCGAAGUUGGUCUAGGCACAUACUGGUGCGAUUACAUUCCUGUCUGGCCGUAUCACGGUUUCGAGUGACUUGGAACAAAAGUAAAGACUAGAACACCUGCACUUGAUCACAUGGG